CUUUGAAGACAUUACUGAGAAUGACAGAAAAUUGUUAGCAAAUCAAUAUGAACAUUUUGAUAUUAUGAGUAUUACAAUGAAGUAUGAUAAUUGGCGUCGCGAUGAGACAUUAAAAUCAGUUCUACCAGAAAAUAUUCAAGUUCCUACGGCAUACACAUUAGUAGGACAAAUUGUGCAGUUGAAUUUACGUGAUGUACAUUUGCCAUAUAAAACUAUUAUUGGUCAAAUAUUUCUCGACAAGACACCAAAUGUGCGAACAGUAGUAAAUAAGACGAAUACGAUUGAUACAACGUUUCGAUAUUUUGCUAUGGAGAUUCUGGCCGGUGAAAAGAAUACAAUAACAAUUACAAAAGAACAUGGCUGUACAUAUCAGUUCGAUUUUGCACAAGUUUAUUGGAAUUCACGUUUGUCUACGGAACACACACGAAUGAUAACAUUUAUGGCGCAAGGUGAUGUUCUGUACGAUGUAUUUGCAGGAGUAGGACCCUUCGCUAUUCCUGCCGCACGUAAAAAAAUCCAAGUACUUGCUAAUGACUUGAAUCCUGAGUCUUACAAGUGGCUUCAAAGAAAUGCUACUAUUAAUAAGAAGAAUAUGUCGCAACGGAUAUAUCGUCCAUGUACAGCGUGUUUAAUAACUGUGGGAGAUGAAAUUUUACGUGGACAAAUAGUUGAUACUAAUACAUCAUACCUGGCAAAAAACUUGACUGCUGCAGGAAUAAGACUACAAAAAGUCACAGUGGUCCCUGAUGUUGUGGAUGAUAUUGCUGAAGAAAUAAAUAGUGCCUCAAAACAGUAUUCUGUUGUAUUUACAUCUGGUGGUGUUGGGCCUACUCAUGAUGAUGUAACUUACAAAGCUGUAGCAAAGGCUUUUGAAUUAAGACUCGAAUUUCAUCAGGAAUUGUUUGACCUAUAUAGACAAUUGAUUCCUGGGCAAAAAGAAGUGAAACGACUUGCUAUUGUUCCUAGUUCUUGUGAAAUUAUCAAAAUCAAUUCUACGGAAAUUUUCGCGGUAAUAAGCGUAAGAAACGUUUAUCUACUACCUGGUUCACCAAAAUACUUUGAACCUGCUGCAGAUGUAAUAAUUUCUCGACUGAGAGGAUGCACGCCACUACACUAUGAACAUAUAGAUAUUGAGUUGGAUGAACUAUCAAUAGUAAAUAUUUUAGAUAAACAGUCAAAACGUUGGAAUGGCAAAGUGAAAAUUGGCAGUUAUCCGCAAUCAGAGCCGCAAACUUUUACAAGAAUUAUUUUGGAGGGAUCUAAGGAAGCAAUUGCGGAAGCAAGAGAGGAAUUUUUAUACUACCUGCCGAUACAAAAGAUUAUGGAUCUAAAACACGGGUUUGGUCGUUUUCAAAUGAAUGCUAUUCUGGAAGAUAGUAAAAAUGAAAUGCACGUUAAAUGCGCAUUAGAUAUAUUAAAUGAAUGCUAUAAUAGAUAUAAUUCAGAUGAAGUAUUCAUUAGUUUUAAUGGUGGUAAAGAUUGUACAGUAGUCUUGCAUUUAGCUGCUACCAUCGCCAAGUCACGUAAUAUUUCAUCCUUAUUAUGUUUAUAUGUAACCAGUGAUUCCUUUCCAGAGGUGGAAACGUUUGUGGAGUCGGCUUCUCAGUAUUAUGGUUUGGAAAUAAUACGAAAGCAACGGCCGAUACGAUCCGCGUUGUCCGCGUUAUUGGAGGAAAGAUGUAAUUUGAAAGCAAGUCUCAUGGGGGUAAGGAAAGGUGAUCCGGGUUCUGAAAAUCUACAGCCAUUUGCGCCCACCGAUUCAGACUGGCCACAAUUGAUACGCGUUAAUCCUAUCUUGCAUUGGUCUUACAAUCAAGUAUGGUCAUUCUUAUUGAAGCACAACAUUCCUUAUUGUUCACUCUAUGAUCAAGGAUACACGAGUAUCGGCAACAAAAGUACAACGACGCGAAAUCCGUUGUUAAAAGAUCCUAACAACCCCUCGUUUUAUUUACCAGCAUAUACUUUGCACGAUAAAUCUGCCGAAAGAGAAGGCAGAUACAAUAAAGCGUAAAUUUAAUAGAAUUUAAAAAAAUGGAUGAUUAUAUACGCGUACAUACAUACAUCAUAUGCGUAUUCAAUUGGUUAAUAUCAGUUAUUAUUGUUAAUUAUUUUAUUAUUAAUUAUUACUAUUAAUUAUUAAUAUUAAAUUCUUUCUCAUAAAUUAAUUUUUAUUCCUACAGUCGUAUUAAUUGUGCUACGGGCAACAUUAUUCUGCAAAUAGACAUAAAAUUUUAUAAUUUGAUGAUUUGGAUAUUAUCCAUGCUUUUAUGUAAUUUUUAAAAAUAAAUUAUUUUGAAUAUUUGAA